AGAACUUUGCAGCAUCAAAGUGAUGUUCUAGAGACAGUGAUCUUGGUGAAUCCCAAUGCAGACAGCAUUGUUUAUGAGGUACGCUCUUUGAUCACAGAUCCUGCUGCUUACAAGCUCCUUAUUCUCAGUGGCCAGUGCUCUGACCAGGAAGGAGACUUAAUUUUGCAAAGUGGUACCUUUCCAAUACAAAGACUUGGAGAGGUGUUCAGUGAUCCAGAGGUCUGCCAACUCUUCAGUAACACUGAUCCAGAGAUUAAAUCUUCCUUAACUGUUUCUUGUUUGGAAGAGGGAGGUUGGUGCAACCUUGGACAUUCCAGUUUCCAGGAUAUCAUAAAUUGGAAAUUAAACCCCGAGAUUGUUUUACCUGCAAUGGAUGGUGUUUCAGAAUUUGCAGACUAUGUCUCAGAGACAGUUGAUGUUCCCUCUCCUUUUGAUCUCUUGGAACCACCAAAUUCAGGUGGAUUUUUGAAGUUGUCAAAGCCAUGUUGUUACAUAUUUCCAGGAGGAAGGGGAGACUCCGCCCUUUUUGCUGUCAAUGGAUUUAAUAUCCUGAUAGAUGGUGGCUCAGAAAGAAAAUCUUGUUUCUGGAAGUUGGUUCGGCAUUUGGAUAGGAUUGAUUCCAUAUUGCUCACACAUAUUGGAGCAGAUAAUCUGCCUGGAAUAAAUGGACUUCUUCAACGAAAGAUAGCCGAGCAAGAUGAAGAACAAUCUCAGGGCUCCACUGCAUAUAGCGACUGGAUGAAGAACCUCAUAUCCCCAGAACUGGGGGUAGUGUUUUUUAAUGUCCCAGAUAAACUGAAAAUGCCUGAAUCUAGUAUGAAAGUUAAAAGAAGCAUUGAAGAAGCUUGUCUGACACUACAGUACUUAAAUAAACUAGGAAUUAAAUCUGAACCUUUAUACAGGGUAGUUAGUAACACAAUAGAGCCCAUAACAUUGUUUCACAAAAUGGGAGUUGGUAGGUUGGAUAUGUAUGUCCUGAAUCCAGUAAAAGACAGCAAAGAAAUGCAGUUUUUAAUGCAGAAAUGGGCUGGAAACAGCAAAGCAAAAACCGGUAUUAUUUUAGCAAAUGGAAAAGAGGGUGAAAUUUCAGUACCAUAUCUUACAUCUAUCACUGCCCUUGUUGUUUGGCUCCCUGCUAGCCCAACAGAAAAAAUAGUGCGCGUUUUGUUUCCUGGAAAUGCUCCACAAAAUAAGAUCCUAGAAGGUCUAGAAAAGCUAAAACAUUUAGAUUUCCUAAGAUAUCCAGUUGCAACACAAAAAGAUAUAUCCAGUGGUGGACUCUCAUCUACUGGUAAGCACACAAAAAUAAAGCAAAGGGCUGACAGCAAGGAAAGUCUGAAGUCCUCUACACGACCAAGCACAGGUAAGCCAGGUAAAAAAGAAGAUAUUUCUGAAGAACUGGCUAAAGAUAUUAAACUGGAUAUUACGAAAGAAAUAAAGCAAGAGAAAAAAAUCAAAGAAUCAGCAGAUAAACAUAUUGAGAAACCUUUAAAAACUGAAAAGGUAAAAACAGAGUCAAUUGAUUCAGCAAAAUUAGAAAAGAGAAAACUUUUGAAAGAAAAAACAGGCAAAAAAUUCAUCAAGGAUAAGAUUUCCAAACUCGAUGAAAAGAAGGAUAAAGAAAAGAAAGAAAUAAAGAAAGAAAAGAUAGAUAUAAAAAAAGAAAAUAUUAAGAAAGAAGAAAAGAAAGAUGUAAAGAAGGAAGAGAAAAAAAGGGAAGUUAAACUUGAAGCUAAGAAGUUACUAAAACCUGACUUACGACCAUUUACUCCCGAAGUGAGAAAAACAUUACACAAAGCAAAGGUUCCUGGAAAACUCAGAACCGAAAAAGCUAAAAGUAAACCUGAAAAAGAUGUCACAAUUGAACAAAAAGUAAGUUAUGUACAACAAGUACAUAUGGAAAAGUUACCACAAAUGGCUGAUAUAGCAGAGCAAAGAUCAGUUAUGUCUUCUCCAGAGGAUCUAACCAAAGACUUUGAAGAGUUGAAGCAUGAAGACAACCUAGAACAAUCCAUUACAAAAGAAGAUGACACCGCUCUUUCAGAACAAAAAACUAUUGAAAAUAGACCAUCAGAUAUGUUAAUGAUUCAAAGUCAGUUGAAAGACGAAAUCAUGUUAGAUGAAGUAACAUCUGAUAAGAAAAGCCCACUUGAAUCCCCAGAUGAAGGUAUCACAACCACUGAUGUAGAAGGAGACUCGCAGCAUGAAGAGAAACUAAUGUAUCAAGCAGAUGAGACAACUGAAAUGGUUGACGAAGGUGCAGCAAUGGAGGAACCUGCUGAGAUGGCAGAAUUUGAGGAAGAUAUAAAUACAGAAGAAGAAACUACUCCAGAUGUUGAUAACGUGAGAGUGCCAAGCAGAAACAAAUUUGAAUCAAUGCCAACCUUAGACAUUCAAGACUUAGAGAUGGAUGAAGAUAAGGAAAAUGACCUGGAUGAAAAGGGAAUAUUUGAUAGAAAACAAAAAGAACAAAUUAUUGUACAAUGUGAAGAUGAUUAUAUUGGCAAAAAUGCAGAAGAUGACAAAGAAACAGAAAAAAAUAUAGAUGUAGUGGAAAAAGGAGAUGUAGAAGAAAUGGAAGAAUAUUCUGAAGACCCUAGAGAGGAUCUGAAGCGAAAGGAUGCUGAAUACACAGAGAACUUGAGUGAACAGGAAGAAAACAUGUCCAUUGGUUUUACAAUGUCAUUGCAAAAAGAGACUGAUGCAGAAGUAAACAUAUAUGACAAAAAUGUAUCAAAGGAGCCAUCAUACUUAACUGGUGUCCCUGGAUCAUCUGGAACUGCUACAGAACACAUAUCUUACAUCCAAGAUGAAACAAUACCAGGUUAUUCCGAAACAGAACAAACAAUUUCUGAUGAGGAAAUACAUGAUGAACAGGAAGAACGAAUUCCUCAUUUACAGUAUGAUGUAGGCAGUUAUGAUAUUUCUGUCCCAGACCAUCCUGGGUCAUUUGAGGCAAUACAUGGCAUCAAAGCAGUUUCAUCUUCUGAGGUGCCUACAAAAGGUUAUGUUAUGCAAGAAUCAGAAAUAGUGGGUUAUUCUACUAAUAUUGUUGCUGCUCCACUUGCAGAGGAGGAACACGUUUCUUCAGCAACAUCUAUAACUGAGUGUGACAAACUGUCUUCUUUUGCUACAUCUGUUGCAGAAGACCAGUCUAUGGCUUCUAUUACUGCACCAAAAACUGAAGAGACUGGAAAAAGUUCUUUACUACUUGAUACAGCAAACAGUAUUCCAUCUUCUCACACUGAGGCGACUCAAGGAAUAGAAUAUUUGCCAUCUGCAGGCACUAUAUCACCCACAUCCUCUCUAGAAGAGGAUAAAUGUUUUAAAUCCCCUCGAGCAGAAGAUUUUCAGUCUUUGAUGGUGGCAGGAAAAGACCAUCUGCGUGGCCCCGCACAGGAUGAAGAACUUGAUGAUGAGACAACAAAUUUUGAGACACAUGGUAAAAAACACUAUAGUCCACUUUUAUUUUCUGAACAUGAAGCUAGUGAAGUGCAAUAUGCUAGUAGUAUAGAUAUGAAGAUAUCUUCUGUUAUUUCUGGAGGUGAAGUGGACAAAGUUGAUUCAAGCUUUGGAGAAGCUGAGGAAAGAUGCUUAAGUCCUGAUGACAGCACUGUAAAAAUGGCAUCUCCAACUCAGUCGGGUCCUACAAGCACAGGACAUACCCCUUCUCACCAAUCCCCUAUAGAUGACAGGUCUGAAACUACACAAGCUGAACUCUUUGAAGCAGCAGAUAUACUUAAAAAUGAGAAAAAGGAUGAAAAACAAGUAUUAUAUGAGUCAUCUGCAGAAAGUAGAGAACACUUGGAUAAGCCAAUCACACAAAAAGAAGUGCCUUUUGGAGGUUCUGUGCAGGAUUCAGAUGUGAAAAAUUUGCUAAAUGCAGGGGCACCAUAUACUUGUGAUCUAGACAAUGAAUAUUUUGUUAAAGGCUCAUCAGUGCCAGUGACCAAAGAAAUGAUGGAAAUCAAGGGAGAAAUAAUUCCUCAGAAAAAUAUUGACAAUGAUAAUAGAUGUAUGGACAAUGAAAAAAAUGAUUUAACUAAGGAUGGAGUGUUUUCAACAAGUUCAGAGCCAUAUAUGCAACUUGAAGAUUUAGUUUCAUCUGAGGAAGUCUCACAUGAUUAUUUAUUGUCCACCCAUAAAGAAACAGAUUCUAAUCUACUGCAGUCAAUAUCACCCCAACAAAUGUCAGCAGCAUAUAGUGAUUAUUCUGAAGUCAUGGAGCAAAGUCAUGAAAAAGAUGAUACAUCAACUGAGAGCUCUAAACAAGACAUUUUCCUAGAAGAUGCAAAAUCCCUUUCUUUUACAGAACAAGGAAAAGAAGAUGAUACAUCCUUACAGAUGUCUUUAAUAGAACAAAGUCCAAUUGUAAAUGAAACAUAUCAAGGAAGCCCCACAAGAGAAACAUAUUUAGAUGAUGAAAGUCCUUUUCAGUUGAAAGAUCAGACUCAAAAGGAAGACAUGAAAUGUUCAUCAGAUGAAAUAUCAGCAGAAUGUGUGAAUCCUUUGCUGUCUGUGACGAAAAGCUUUGGUGAGGAACAAAAACAUCUGGAGGCAGUUGAUACACCAUUUCAAGAUAGUGCUCAAUUCUUCAUGACACCUGAAUCUAAAGAGGAUAAACAAACAUUUUCAGAAGUCCAUUCAGAAGAGUCAUCAGUGGCAAAGACACAUUCAUAUCAUUCUGACAGUCAGGUCCAGCAAAAAGAAGAAAAAUCUCUUCUAAUUUCUUCUUCAACCCCUGAUGACUCAGAGUCAUUUUCUUUUGCAGACCAUAGCCCUCUCAAAGGUGAUUCAAUUGAAAUAAGUAUUACAGAAAACCAAGAAUCUUGUCCUUUUCAGGAGCCAUACAAGGAUUUCCACCAUUCCGAAUCUUCUCUUGGCUCUGUAAAAUCAGCAGAAAAUGUAUUAGAAAAGAAAGAAAUCUCAUACGAAUCCAGAAAAGAUACAUAUAAUGAUGAUGACAUUGAUAAUGAAAAGUCCUAUGAAACUGAAAACAUUUAUAUGAAACAGAUGACCAGUGACAAGAGAGUGUGGUUUACAGAAGAACGGUUUGAAGAAGAACAAGAAAAAACUCAAUACUUAAGAAAAGAAAACUAUAAACUACGGUAUACUGAAGAAGGCGAAAGCACAUUUCUUGAGGAUACCCUUGAUUGGGAAGAGCAGUCUAAAGAACACUCUUCUUUCAGUUUAGAUGCUGUAAACCAAGAAACAGCUAAUAAAACAGAUUCAGAUAUAUUACAUAAAGAUUAUGCACAUUUCCAAGAGGAAAAGCAUUCACAAGAGCCACUGGAUUUUUCAGGUGAAAGCAAAGUUCAACUUGAAGAGUCAGUUUCACAAAUAGAAGCUCCAUAUCAUUCUCAGGAUGCAAACAUUUUAGACAGAUUUCCCUAUGUAACAACAGCUUCAUCUAAUACAUUGGUAACACAGCAUGAUGGAGAUAAUGUACCUACAAUCUUUAAGGAUAGCAAUACAGAAUGUGUACAAGUGAAAUUACAGUCUGUGGGAAAAGGUUUUGAAGAGCAUGAAUCAGAAGGAGAAGAAGAUGGGUAUCCAUACUCACAGACUACCCGUGACCUCCCAGUUGCUUCCUAUGAAAGUGAUUUCAUAAACAAAAAAUGUGAUCUUCAACUUGGAGAAGAAAUGAUUGAUGUUUUUGACAAAUAUGAACAUUCUGAAGUGGUGGAACCAGUAAAACAAAGUUACAGCUUUCACGAGGAUAAACAGCAUGAUGUAAAAGAAAAGUCACCACAGCAGCUGUCUGCAGGUAGCUGUCCAUUACAAGAACAAACCAAACAUGAAUACAAAGACUAUGAUUAUUCUUCUAAAGAAAGUAAAGCGCAAGAAUAUGUUGAAACAUCAUACAAAGAGACCACAUUUUCUAAAAACAAUAUGGACUUUGGUUUCGGAGAAUAUAGUGAUGAACCUAAAGUAGAUAUUUUCUCCAAACGGGACAAAAAAGCUUCCCCAAGUUUGUUGGAUACUGGCUUAAAGUCAUCUUGUAGCCCAUAUGAAUUAUAUUCCCAAGAGAAAGAAUCAUUUGGUGCCAUGAAAAAAGGAACAGUGGAAGAAAGAGAGCCAACCCCUUAUCCAAAUGACAAGUCUUUUCAGUAUGCUGAGAUAUAUGAGAAGAUAGUUGCUUCUGGAGUUGAACAUAUCAUAGAGGAGGCAGAACCUAGCAGUGCCAGUUAUCUACAGAAAGACAAGGCAGAGAUACCAACUUUAGACACAGAAAUAUCCAAACAUGAAUUACUCAGUCACAUAUCUUCAAAAGAAGAGGAAUCUCAUUUAUAUACCUCAGCUGAGAAGGAACUCUCUUCACCAGCAUCCCCUAAAGAAAAAGGAGUCAGUGCCACUUUUGAAUAUUCAGAAAGACAUGAACAUUUCUUAGCAAGUACAGAUAGCAGUAAAAAGACAAAUAGUUUGUCUGCUGAAAAAACUGAAAAAUCACACAUGGAAGGGCCAUAUCAAAAAACACAAACAGAAAAUGAGUGUAUUGUCUUCUCACUUGGAACAGAUCCCUCAUCAGAGACAUAUACAGGAGAACAUGAACACCAUGAAAAAUCUACCUACCUUCAUGCACAUCAUGAUGAUGAUUAUGAUGAUGAGGAUGAUGAUGAAGAUAACAUUAGUUCAGCUAGCCAGAAUAUUCCCCAAGCCGAAUCACAACUUCCUGAGAUUAAAGACUCAUAUUAUGAGAAAACAGAAGUACUGGAAGAAAAUGCAAGUGAUUCUGAACUAGAGAAAGGAGCCAAUGAAAAAUCUGAAAAGGAAACUAAAUACCCCGGAGAUAGUGUACAUCCAGCGUACACCUAUGGUCAAGAAAAUGAAAACAACCUGUCUAAUUUUGGUAUUCAAUCAGAGGUAAAAGUUGUAGACCAUGAUCACUAUAAUGUCCAGACUGAAAUGAAAACUCUAAGCCAAAGUGACACUCAUGCUCUUGGCUCAUUUGCAAGAGCAGAAUAUAGUUUCCAUGAAGAUAAAUGUGAAAAAGAAGAUACAGACUACACAUAUUCUCCUUUCGCAUCAAAAAGUGAGUCUACAAAAGAUCCAAAUCAAACUUGUUUCCAAAGAGAAUACCAACAGUCACAAAUCAGUAGUGAAAGCUACAUCGUAAGUCAGGUAUCAGAAAGCUGUACCCUCAGUGGUAAGGAUAAACCAACUUUCUCUGGUUUUGUAGAGCAUGAGACUACAGUUUCAACAUCAGCAUAUUCCCCUGGAGCAUUUUCAGUCAUAGAAAAGGAAAUUGGAGAAUCUUCUGACUCAUACAAGAUUCACCAACAAUCAUUAAUAUGUGCAGAGUCAAAAGAUUUAGGUAAAGAUGCAUUCAAUAUAUCACAUUCUGCAAAGGGAGAGGAUGAGUACUUAGAGGUCUCUGACAGAGCUUCUGAAGUAAGUUCAUCUUUAACCAGAUUUUCACCUCUAAGUCCCCAGAAAGAUGCUUUAUAUUCUAAUAUCUCUGUUCAACAGUAUACUGAAGUGGACUGCCAGAAACGUGAUUCUCAAAGUUUGUCAGAAACAUCAUCUGAAGCUAGUACACCAGUUAAAAAGGACACUACUGAAGGUUUUUACUCACAAAUGAUUAGUGGCUAUGCAGCAGAGGCAGAUCCAGUUGUAAGGAAUUUAUGGGAUGUAUCACCUCUGGUUCCUGCUGAUGCUAUCAGGUCUUCAGAUGAAAAAGAUGUCACUGACAAUCAGGAAUCUUCAUGUUCCUAUGACAUGGAUGACUGCACAUUACCAUGCAGAGUUGAAUGUAAAAAGACCUCUUGCACAUCUGAUACAGUAAAAGAAACCAUCACUGUACAUGAGGAUAUUACACAGGGAGAAAGUGCAGGAGCAGCAUAUUCACCAUCUAAGGAUCUUACAUCAUUUUUACCCCAUCAACAGGAAGAAUCAACAGCAAAUGGCCCGACUGAGAUUAACAAUGUGCCAGAAUUAUUCCAACACUCACAAUAUGUUGACAAACAGAUGUACUCUUCUGAUAUAAAAGAUGAAAAGUUAUCUCCAGAUUCAGAUACAGAAUCUUCACCAUACUUUGAGGAAGAUACAGAAAAACCUGACAGACCUUCUACACUCAUGUCUCCAGAACACACAUUUCAUCCUUAUUUUUCUGAUGCACGGAGAGCUAGAGGAUCUGAAGAUCAUGGAGAUGCUUCCCAUGAAGUUGAAACAUGUAUGGGUACAUCAACUGAGUAUGAACACAAAUUAUCUUCAUCAGAAUAUAUGCAUAGGAAGGGGGAACUUUCUCCAUCUUUCAUCAAUCCUAGUCCUCUUGACCUUUCGGAUGACAGUGAUGUUUCACAAGAUCAGGGUCACCCUUCAGUUAAGGGAAGGACCCAUCAUGUAAAGAAACGUUUAGUUGAGGGUGGUACAGCUGAUGAAACACCUCCAACAUCUGUCAGUGAUUCAGGAUCAUCUCAGUCAGACUCAGAUGUUCCACCUGAAACAGAAGAAUGUCCAUCUAUAACAGCUGAUGCUGCAAUGGACUCUGAUGAAGAUGCAGACUUUCUACCUGUAGAUAAAGCAAUGGGAAACUCUCAUCACAGUAAUCCAAGACAAGGCCAUGAUCCACAUCCAGCACCAAUGAUGGAUCCCUGCCCUCAUCCUCCUCAUCCAGAUGUCUGCAUGGUAGAUCCUGAAAUGCUGGUUAAUGAGUUAAAUCCUGUAAAAGGAGACAAGGUACUUAAAAAGGAUCUAAAAGACAAAACUAAGGGUGUGAGGAAACCUUUAAGUAAACCAAAAUCAACCUCUCCAGCUAGGAAACUAGAGCCUAAGGGAAAACGUUCUCCAACAAUAUCGAAACAGACAUCACGGGAGACUACAGACAAAUCUCUAAAAAAUUCAGCGGUGAAGAAGGAAACAACAGAAAAGUCUCUGAAGACAAGAAGUACAUUGCAAAUGCAUUCUUCAAGAGAAGAGAAAGAAGAUAUAUCUAAAAGCAGUAAUUUGGGCAAACUGGUAAACGGUGUCAGAUCAACAGGAACAAGCAGCUCUAAAACCAGCUCUACUAUUCCUCCUGGUCCACCAGUGUAUGUGGAUUUGGCAUACAUCCCUAAUCAUUGCAAUGGCAAAAAUACUGAUCUGGAGUUCUUUAAGAGAGUUCGAGCGGCGUAUUAUGUUGUGAGCGGAAAUGAUGCAGCCAACGGGGAACCUAGCCGAGCUGUACUGGACGCACUCUUGGAAGGGAAGUCCCAGUGGGGAGAAAACUUGCAAGUGACGUUAAUCCCAACACAUGACACAGAGGUGACCCGUGAAUGGUACCAACAGACCCAUGAGAAACAGCAAGAACUGAAUAUAAUGGUCUUAGCUAGCAGCAGUACUGUAGUGAUGCAAGACGAAUCCUUCCCAGCAUGCAAAAUCGAGUUUUAAGCAGCAUGGCAGUCACUAACAUGUCCAUGCGUACUUUGUGUUUCGGUACUGUAUGUGUCCAGUCUCAGCCCAGUUCUCUUCUAAAUUUGGUUUGCACUUGUAAUGUCAGCCUUGCCAAACCUUGCCAGAGUUAUACUGGCCAGUUGUUGGGGAAGGUGAAUUAAGCAGAACCUGAAUUCUUACAUGAAUUGCAGGAUACAUGAAACCUUUUGAUUUUAUUUAGGGACGCUUUAGGACAAUUUGACACUUUUACAACAAAUAAUUACUUGUUCUGUAUGAUUCCCAUACAAUGCACACUACUAGCACCAUGACGAGAAUACAUAGAAGAAUGGAGUGUUACAGGCUGUGAAUGUUCAAGAGGACUGGGUUAGGGCUAGACAUUUACCAGCAGUAAGAUGGCCCCUCGAAUUAAUCAUAAAGUAAUGUUUUAGAGUGUUUAAGACUAGACCAACGUGCAGUUUGUGGGCCCUGCAAAUAGAUAGCUUCUAUAUGUUACAUUAAUCUGCACAUUGAAAAUUGUAGAUCACAACACAAUGCUAAGGUACGAGCAGCUUAAUGGCAAAUGUGAAAUACUAACACAACGCAUUUCAUGUUCUGCAAGAAACCAAAGUAUUUAAGGCUACAAGAAAUAAACGCUAGUGCGUCUGCACAGGAGGCACCAUUUAUGUGGAGCUUUGAUUUCAUUUUAGAAUCACUACUGCAGGACCAAAGUUGGAAGUGGGAAUUUAGGAAAACAUGGCACCUGUCUUCCAGAAUCAGCACCACCAUUGUCCAUAGGUUAUGUCUAGUAUUGCAGCCUUAUUUACUCUGAAUAGAACUGAGCCGCAAUAUCAAACUCAGUCCAAAAACAGGAGUGACACCAUUUCUGGAAAAAGCAGACAUGUUUUUAUAAUCUCUUACAGCCCCCUUGUAAGAUGUAGCCAGCAUUAUCCUAAUAUUGCAUUUACACAUAGGGAUCUUAUCUGCAUUGCUUGGAAUACAUCAAUCCAUAUAUCUCUUACAACCACCAUUAGUGCUACUAUUGUAGCAUAUAAACAGUGAUGGCAGUAGAAGGAAUACCAGAUUUUAGUUUACUAUGAUGGAAAUAAUUUGCCUGUGGCAGCUUUUUGUAGAUUCAUUUUGGGAAUUGAUCUGACUGGGGCCAAUGGCAUCCUUUAACCCAAGAUCAAUUUCAUCUAACAAUGGCUCCAUCGCUGUGCUCCCGAUCCUGCACUAGUUGAGCAGUCAGAGCAGUGAAGCAAAGCCUCUGCAGAAUAGGGUGGUCGGAUGGUUGGCAUGAACAGACCUAGUAACAUAGUUUUCUUUACUCUGCAAAACAUAUGCCAAAAUGUUCCCAACACAGAUUUGAUGGUGUUUGAGUGGUUGUAAAAAAUGAAAACCAACAUUUUUUUAUUUCUCUUAUGUCAAACUCUGUAUUAUUUAACACCUGAGUAAGAGAUAUUACUAUCUAUCUAUUUAUCUAUCUACAUACCUACCUACCUAUUUCUAUAUUAUAUAAAUACUCUAGAAUUGAAAAUACUGUAGGUUUGAUACUUUGGAACAAUUGGACUGAGAAUUCUACCAGUAUAUACACCAAUUGUUAUUUUUGCACAGUUUUUAUGACAAGCUUCCAGAAUGUAAAGGAUCAAGCUGUUUACUGGUAGCCUCACUAGAUGGUUGAUUGCCAACCCAAUCUUCUAACAUAAAAGCCCCUAUCUCCUUUUCAUUGUACAUAGCUGAAUGUUAGCCUUUUGCCAUUGAAUGUUCUCUGUUUGGCAACUGGAACAAAUUCCUGGCAUUGUCAAUAUGGCAGCCCAGCAUUCGAUCAAUUAAAUUGCCAACGAGCACCAUUCAGGUCAGUGUGCGUCUCCCCUGCUCAUGUAAGCUGUAUGGACUAUAGAUUCAUAGAAACACGAUCAGAUCUCAUAUCUAGCCAACUGUGGAAGCUGCUACACGAACGUCACAAGACUUGUAUUUGUCUUUUGUUUACAGGUUAGUUUUUGUUCGCUGCUGUAGGGAGCAAUUUGCCUUACAAGAAAACACUUUCAGAUUGCUGAAUAGAACCAUUACAUAUCAAUGGUGAAUGUUUCUGUCUAAUUUAUAUAUUUAUUUUUUAUGAUCGCCGCUUAGCUAGUGCUAUUAAUUUAUGGGUGUAACCUUAAAGAUUAUGUUUGUAUUUUAUUCUGUAGAUAUUUAGUUGCGUUUUACGUGCAAUGUGUUGAUUCAACCAGUGGUGUCCAAGGAGAGCCAGUGGCUUGAUGUUAGGCAUACUGCGCUGUAGACUGAUAGUAGCUCUAUUCAUAGGGAAAUGUAGGGAAAUGUUGUAGAAAUAACAUAGUUGUUACAUAAUUGCUUUGUGAACAAAAUGAUGUAGGAAUAGAACGAGAUAAAUGGUUUAUUCCAGAUUUUGCACUAGUGUCCACAGUCAGAUUAAAACCCUUGCAGUUUUGCACAUAUAAAAUAGCGUUCUAUGAUGAUUACCCUGGAGUUUAAAUGUAUUAACCUCAAGUUCACCGUGACACCCAGGCCAUCUUGUAGAAAAAGCAAAAUGUUAUUUUCUAGAAUAAAAGAUUUCACUCUUGAAUAUUCUUAAAAGCAAAGAUGAAUAUAAGGGUGGGUGGUCAAGUAUAAAAUCUAGUGCACCCAAAUAUACUUAGUGAUGUUGCUUAUGCCAGCCAUAAAUAGAAGCAGGCCCACUGAUCAGCCAAAAGCCACUGGUCGGGCUUCUCCAACCCCUGGCAAUGUUAUAUUACAUGGCAGCCUUUCAAAUGGGCUGAACCCAUAGAUUGCGGUAACCAUGGAGAACUCUCCUGUAUGAAGUCCAAAUGCCCCAAUAAGGCUUAUGACUGUAGGGUUUCAUCAAGGUUAUAAAUGAAGAUCAGGCCUCCGAUUGGCUUUUAUGGACAACACCACUUUUCUACUGCACCCUGUUGUGUCUGUUUCUUUUAUAUUACACUCAUGUGCUUUUAUGGCUAACAAGUAUUUGGUGUUGAGUGAGUGGUUGUGGUGUCACAAUAAAAGUUGGUUAUUACACUCGUCAUGUGCUUCAGUUACACAGCGCUAUGACCGUAAUGGGAAUGUUGUGUGAUGGAAUGGACGUUAGUUAUCAGCUGCCAUUAGCCUAUGUGAUGGGUAAUCUGUAUAUGUGUCUAGACCCAAAAAGCCAAAAGUCCAGCAUGUUUUUCAGACCCAAAGCAAAGUUGUCAGGAAUGAGAUGAUUUAGAACAUACUUAGAAUGUAUGGAGGAUUUGUUUGCUAUGCUGAAGAGCUGUCUACUUCUGGAAUCAGUUUGUAUGUGAACGUCCAUUCCUUAUUUUACAAUCCUUCUUUUAUCUGGCCCUGUCUGUAUUCGUGUUGUAUCUGCACAUUUUUUUCUACACUGCAUCAUUGCACAGGACUGGCAUGCAUUAUUUAUUUGGAUGAAGCAGAAUUAUAAAGGAUGCAUGCACUACAUUGUAUUCCCAUGCCUGUUCUAAUAAACCUGUGUAUAUGUUCCAUUUUUAUUUUGUAUGUUUGUAUGUGGAUGUUUGACCUACAAGCCCCAUCUACUUGCUGCAAUGCUUGUGGCUCUAAGCCAGCUACAUAGGUGCCUGGAUGCCUAGCGCACUCAUUUGAUGACCCAAAAGGAACACGCUAAAGCACAGCCAUUUCCUUCGCUCACAUGCAUACGAGUGUCUAGGCAGAAUAGAAAUGCACUAAAAAUAUGAGAUAUGAAUGUUACAAUUACCCUUUAUAACUUGAACUCUACCAUGAAAAUACAAAAAACAGGAUGACUGUGUUCACUUAGAAACCUGCCUUGCACAUGACAAUACUGAAUGGAAAACUUUACACACACAAAAUUAUCUUUUAAGGAAGAAUGUAACCAUAAUUAUCUUAGAUCUUUUCAUCCUCAUGUGUGCGCGUCAAACUGUUGACUUUUUGGUUUCCCUUUAAGAAGCUUUUCAACAUAGUAAAAUGACAACAGUUUACCAAACCUAGCUCCUCUUUGCUGCUUUUUUAUGCAUUUUGGUAGUUUUGUAGCAUAAAAGCAGAAUACCAAGCCUAGGCCCUCUAGGUCUACACAAAAGGAAGACACCCAAGACAUCCAAGGACAAGUCAACGCUCAAUGCCGCUGCCGUCCACUAGAUCAGAGACAAUGAUGGCUAUCAGAGAGCAGAUCCUGUAACCUUGAUGGGCUGUAUUCACUAAUAUGUAUCACAACGAAUACAGAUUACCUGUAAAUCCAUUACUGUCAUUAGAACAUAACAUAUAGGUGAUAUAUAAAAAUAGAAACACGUAAAAUCAGCUGUUGCUUGUUUCUGCAUGUGGACUACAGGGAGUUCUACUCCUGUAUGUAAUAGAUAAAACUAAAAAUAACUAUUUUACAACUAUAUAAAAAGUGAACAUGUCUUAAUUGUAUUGAAAAUUGCAACCUGUAUUCCUGAUAGCUUCUUUCUACGUUGUAUGGUGUAUAAAUAAACCCUCGACUUUUUAUUCUUUCCCCUUUAUGUUCUAUAGCGUUAAUUAUAAACUUGUUUCCCAGAAAGGUUUUGUUCUGUUCAUUAAUUUCCCCUAUCUGUGUGCAAUAUUAUGUCCUUCUGAACUUCUGUACAUGGAAACGCCUGAAACUCUAACAAUAAAAUUACAUCAGU